AUGGAUCUUGCAUGUUUUGCUGCAGUUUUGCCUUUUGAAACAUUCAAUAGUUACUGGAUGGUCAGUGCUCCUGUUCAAGUAGGAUUGAAAAACAUCAGGUGCACUUUUCGUUUUGCUACAUCAUGUAUAGAUGCUGAAGAAGAAACUGCAACAUUAGCUAAAAGUGACGAUCACCAUAUGGUCUAUGUUCUUUGGGUGUCGUCUUGUGAGGAUCCUUCAUUGCUGUAUUCUUGUCGAAUGGAUUCAAAAACUGAUAAAGUUGCACUUCGUUAUGGACAACGCACUCCAUCAGUAUUAAAAAAUUUGAUUGAGGGUGCUAACUUACUAUCAGAUAAAUCCAAAUUCACAGUUAUUAAUUUGAUUGGUGAACAAGAAAUGGGUUUGUUGAUUCAACUAUGUGCUGCUUCCGGGGAAAGUUCAUCAGCAAUACGACUUCCAUUGCGUCAACCGUCUGCAUGGGAAUGGAAAAACCAUUUGUUACUUUUCAUUCAAAACUUACAGAAUGAUCUCUGUAAAGAACGGUGGCAACGCGAACUCGUGGAAAAGGAUGCUUUAAGUUUAAAAUCUCAGCUAGCUCAGAUGGAAAGAAAGCGUGGUUGGCUUGAAAAAGAAUUGGAAAUAUUGCAUGCAGUAAUGCAUCAACAAAAUUUUAUGCAAGCGUUGAAAAUUUCAAAUAAAGUUGAAGAUUCUUCUCAAGAAAAAGAAGAACCUUUACUGAAGAUUCUCCCGACUACAUCAUUUUCCCAAAAAGCUGAUGCAGAGGAACCACCUAAGUUCAAUGCUAACAUCUUAUCGCCUGAAAAAAGUUCGUCUCCUCUGCCGCUCCAAACCUCGGUAUGUUUAUCUUGUUUCGAAUGUUGCUCCAAAUGCAGUUCCAAGAGAAAACGAAUAGUUCGUAACAAAGAUGCAUCUACUGAAGAUGAGUUGUUAAUAGGUGUAGCAUCUCUUUUAUUUUGUGCUGUAUGUCCUGGCGAAGUGAUAUUAAAAGAUCAAGAUGGAAUCAAGGAACACUUUAUUAAUCAACAUUUGGAUGGUGAACAGGGCCGUUGUAGAGCAUGUAUGGAACUGGUUGGCAAUGGUGAUAUGUUGAGUCAUAUGAAAGUGCAUUUGGUUAAAGAGUAUGCUUGUGAAUUUUGUGGCAAGAAAGGUAGAAAACAUUAUUUAAAAGCGCAUAUCCGAAUUCACACUGGAGAAAGACCAUACAAGUGUGAACAGUGUGCACGACGUUUUGCCGAUUCAUCCACAUAUCGCCGUCACCAGAUGAUUCAUACCGGCGAAAAGCGAUAUUCAUGCCCACUGUGUGGUAGAUGCAUAGCUCGGAAGGACAAUGUUAAAACACAUUUAAGAAGUCAUAUAAAAACUCUUUCAAGUAAUGAAAGUGAAGCAGCUGCUUGGAUGGAGACACUCCUUAAUUCUUUGGCUACCAAAACGGAGAAAAGUAUUGCAGUAUCAGCAGAAGACUUCGCAAAUCCUGUAGAAAAUACAGGAGAUCAAAAUAUUGUAGGUGAUUUCAGUUUAUUGGAAUCAUUAAGUAGCGAGUAUAUGAAAAUAAGUCAUGAGUCUUGA